UUACAAAUCAGUGACGUCACGAGUUAUCAUUGCUCCAAUUUUUGUUAAACAUUCGGACGAAAAAGACAGCAUUUGACACGAAGCAGAUAUCAUUUAGACCAAAGAUGCCCAGCCCUUUGACUGUUGUGAAGAGCGUUGGUCCCAAGUUGGUGCCAUUCUUCAAGACAGUCACGCUAUUCUUCAUCCUCUAUGGCGGUGGAGAUUCCAAACCUGGCUUCAUCUACGUUGUCUUCAAAUGUCUGCCUAUCAUCUCGCUGAUAUUCUUCGUCCUCCUCCAUGGGAUGAACUUCUCAGAGGUGUACUAUUAUUCGAGGCGUGUCCUUAUUGGCUUGAUCUUCUCGUGCAUCGGUGACAUCGGCAUGGCGUAUAAAGACCACGGGUAUUUCUUACCAGCGAUAGGAAUGUUUGCAAUGGCGCAGGUUAUGUAUGCGACUGCAUUUGGAUUCCGCCCUUUCAGGCCAUAUCACGGACUGGUAGUGUUUGGAAUUGGUUUAACCUUGCUGUCAUGCAUUUUACCAAACAUUGCAUACGGUCCGCUACCUGUUUUUGGCGUCAUCUACUGUUUGCUUAUCUGUUUAAUGCUGUGGCGGGCCGUAGCACGUGUUCAGUUGUUUGAUGACUUGUGGACAUGGACCAAACUCUGCAGCUGCGUUGGUGCGAUAUUGUUCAUAAUCUCGGACUCUGUUAUUGCCAUUGACAAAUUCCACACAAAGAUUCCGUUCGCGCAAAAUAUCAUCAUGACAACUUAUUACGCUGCUCAGCUCGGAAUAACAUUGUCAGUCGUCGAUAGUCAGGUAGAUGCGCUAUUGGAAGGCAAAAAAACCAAUUAAACUUUUCAUGGCUUUUCUGAUUCACUUGUUGGAAGAUUUUUGAUGUGUUGCAUUUUUGACUUUCUUGAUGGGGCCGCUUUUGUGCUGUAAAGUUGGACAGUGCAGAUAGAGAAAUGUGAAUUCGUUGAUGCUGUUACCGUUAGUGUUAAAAUUAGACCAGAGGGUUGAACCAAGUAAAAAAAAUUUAUAUCAGUUUUGGGCAAUUGUACAUAUAUUUUAAAUUAGAUAGAAUCUUUGAUCAACUGAUAUGAGAUUAUGUGUGAUGUGACUCUAUUUCAUUCAGGGUUGUUGGAGUCUGGUUGUUCAAAGUCGAUAUAACCAGCAGCUGGUGACAAUUUUAAAAUCACUGUGAUGCCUUUUCAUUCACAACACCUGCCGCAUUGAUGGGAACUGAACCAAUAUGGUGCGGCAUGUGGAUCAUUGUCUUUACACAAUGUUAAAGGGGAAACACUAAAACCGUAAUGGUUCAGUUUUGUUUCAAACAUUGCCAAUACAAAAUUGGCAGAAAACAUGGUGAAUAUACUAAUACUUUUUGUGCAAACACAGAUCAAUUAUCAUAGUGUACAUUAAUGUCAGUGCGGUAUGUGCAAAAAGUAUUUCAGCUGCAAUUUAUUAUUUCACAUGUAAUUCUAAUCAUCGACAUUACAUGUAUGGGUAGUUUCUUCUCAUCUCUGAAGGAAUCAAUAUCGCUCUUUUCCUCGUUAAGUUCUCCUCAUCGUGUGCAUUAUGGUGUUUCCUCUACUCGAAGAGCUUCAAUAUUUGAUUAAGUACACAUUCUAAAACCAGUGUUAUUCGUCUGUAGGUAGGCGCAGACGAAUUUUAAAUUGGGUAGCUACAUGUUAUGUCAUGAAUAAAGUACUGUACGGCACUGUAUCCUAAUCCAUGUAGAAGACUAGAGAGUUAUUUUGGUCCUGACCGAAGUACGUGGAUGCCUCUGUAAGGAGGAUGUCCUCUCAGGAGGGUCUGUGAGCUGGACCAUUGACUCACGACUAUAUGCUAACGAUAACGUUAGAUCAUGCUAGCCUGAGGAAUGGGAGCAUUAUUGUCUAUCAAUUUAUUAAUGAAAGCUAAUGUCAUAAUGAGUAAAACACAUCACUUAUGUUUCAGAAAUUAGUUCUGGUAGUGUAUCUAGUCCAUAGGUAGACUAGUUUGUGAUUUGCACUGUUGCGGCUUGUACAUAGCAAGUUAUGUUCUACUUCUUAGAUGUGUUGUGAUAGUUAUAAUAGCCGGUUCAUGAUUAUGUGUCAUCUGGGAUGGAUGGCAUGGCAUUUACAGUCUUUUCUGACAUUCUAUUCUAACUUUCAAUGCAAUUUUUUAAAAUUAUUAAUACCAAGUAUAUAUUAAUCUAUACUAGGUAUCUAGGUAAUCUAGGUGGGUUGAGAAACUUGAUAUUGGAGAGGGAUAUGAUAAAUUUCUCAACAUCUUUAACCAAACUUAAGCUUCAAUUUUGAUUAUUGAAGCAGGGAAGAGAUGAUGGUAUGAACAGAGACAUGUUGACACAGGUCUUCAGUGUGUUGUUCCAUGAUCGUUGGGUGGGGGCAACAAACAAAAUAUAACUUUUCAUGUUUUGGAUUUGGUGAAAUGUAAUGGCAGUAGCUCAAAACUACAGUAUUAAACGGGUGCUGGGUUUUACUUUCAGCCUGGAGUGAACCACAAUGUUACAUUGCUUCAUGACCAUGUCUCAUUACAACUCGAAGUGAUACAGAUGUAUAUAAAUGUAAAAAAAUGUGAAAUAUUGUACAUGUUGGGCUUAAGUUUUGUGUGACUUUGAUCUUACGAAAAGGAGGGCUUGUGCAGUAUAUUUUGUAGAGAAAGAUGUACACCAUUUAUUGAGUAUUUUAAAAUCCACCAACUGCAGGUGCAAGUCAAAGAUUUCUGUAAUGUGGUUAUUGUAAAAAGAACAAAUAUGAAUAAUUUGUGUUUUGUGAACCAAUUGUUGUAGAAGUUGAAAAAAUGUUUUCAAAACGCCUUGUGGAUAAAUGUCCUGAUCGUAUGAAAAUAAAAAUUGACAUCUUGUUACCCAA